AUGAUCUCUAGCAAAAAAUUUCCCACGCUACCUUGCUUAACAAACCCCACGUACCCAGCUAUCCUUUCUUCUAUAUCUAUCGAAUAUCGGUCUCCUCUUUUCAUCCCUCAAAAUCUCCUCCUCCUACUGCUGCCACCUCUCUCCGCCCCCAACCGCCGUACCGCCACCGCCAAUGAGAUGGUGGGACUGAGUGUAUUACUAGAAAGCCAAGAGAAUACUUCUAAAAAAGCUUCUCAAGUUAUUAGCAAAGGAAAAAUGAUUAAACCUCUUAAUUCUUCUCCAACUACUCCAUCUCCUUGUGGGUUUUCAAGAAGAAAUACUCUUCCAAAUUCUGGAUUUCUUGACCAUUGUUUUCUCUGCAAACAGAAACUCUUGCCUGGCAAAGACAUUUACAUGUACAAAGGGGAUAGAGCUUUUUGUAGUGUGGAGUGCAGGUGCAGGCAAAUAUUCAUGGAUGAAGAAGAAACGGUAAAGAAGAGUAGAAGAGACAACUGUUCAAUGGCUGCUAUAAAACCUCGAGUGCCUUCUUCGGCGUCGUCGUCAUCAUCAUCUUCGACUACGAAUCGAAGUGGCAAAGCGCCUAGAAAUGGAGCAAAUGCCUUUGCAUACUGAAGUUAUUUUUCCACUUUUGCCCUUGCCACAUUUUGGUUAUGACUAUGAUGUCAUCCUUUUUGGGUUUUGUUCCUUUGCUACCUAUAAUGAAGCCAAAGAGGUUAUGUAGUCUAUUCAGAGCCCGUGGGAUUUGGUUUCCCAGUAUCAAGAAUCCAUUGUUUUUGGGACCCUAUAAUACAGGAGGACAAAAUGGGGAAUCUAAGAU